CCCGAUUUCGUGACCUUCCCAGAGAUAUAAAGUCAAAACACCUUCCUUAUCAUAGCGAUACUCUGUACAAAGAUAGAGCUCCGUCCUCUUCGACCAAAUAUUCGACAGAGUUGAGCAGUUUAUGACUUGAAUUGUAAUAUUAGCAAUGGAGGUGGCUUCCAAUUUCCAAACAUUGUCUUUCGGACCUCGAAUCAGUCGACCUCACUACCUCAAUAUUGGACGCAUUGAGUUCAGAGGGCACAUAGCUUCAGCUCAUUCCAACAUCAAUGGUGUUCAGAUCGAUCACUGCCUUGCUUCACAUUUUCAAAUGCAAUUCAAUGCAGUUUCAGCUGGCAGAAAUAAGAUAGGGUCUGCAUAUUUGCCUGGACGAUGUGCUUUUGAUUUAAAAUUUGGAAAUUUUACACCUUUUAGGCAAGGUUCCCAUACACAUUCACUGAGACCAUGCCGCGUCAUGAGUGAGGAUUCGGAAGGAACUUUGAGCGGUGAAAACAUCUUGCUAGAUGAGGAAACCUUGGCGCAGGAUUUAAAGAAUGCUAUUAAAGAGGAGAACUAUGCCCGAGCAGCAAAAAUUAGGGAUAGCCUCCGGCUUCUCCAGGAGGACAGUAAGGCAUCCGUGCUAGCAGCAAAUGCUCGCUUUUACAACUCUUUCAAACAUGGAGACUUAGCUGCAAUGCAAACCCUCUGGUCAAAGGGUGAGAAUGUCUGCGUCGUGCACCCUGGUGUUAGUGGCAUAACUGGCUAUGAUCUCGUAAUGGGAAGCUGGGAGUUCGUAUGGGCAGAAUAUGAUUUUCCACUUGAUAUCGAGAUCAGGGAUGUUCAAGUUCAUGUUAGAGGUGAUAUCGGAUACGUUACAUGCAUUGAAAUGGUCAGAACCAAAGGCAGCAGCUGGGGAAAACAAUUUGCUACAAAUGUUUUCGAGAAGGUUAAUGGGCAAUGGUUUAUGUGUAUUCAUCAUGCAUCGUAUAUCGACUUGUAAAAUGUGAUGAACAAUAAAGCUGUUGUAGAGGUUGUGGAGAUUGAAUGAGUAUUUUAGGAGCUGAAGUCUUGAAAUCUGGGUGCAGAAAUUUUGUAGUUUUGCUUCUAUUAUAGGUAUUGAUGACCUAUUAUUAUUAAUGAAUUAUAAUACUAGUACUAGUAUGUCCAUGAA